ACGAUCUGCAGAUGGAAGAGGUCAGCUGGAAACAUCAGAGUUCUUCAAUGAUCAGUCCAAGCAGCAUCAAACAGAGCUGGACUCCAUAUUUAUGCUGCUGGAGGAGAACAUUAUCACCUUUGUGAAGAAGGAACUGAAGAGAUUUCAGAAGGCUCUGAGUCAGGAGAACCCAGAACGUCACAGUGAGGAUGAGGAGGUGUUGGUUGGUGAAGAUGAAGAGCAGAGGAGCAGCAGGGAGGCUUUUGUUAAGAUCACAGAGAACUUCCUGAGGAGAAUGAAGCAGUACGAGCUGGCUGGCUGUCUGAGGAACAGAACUCCUGCUUCAGUUUGCCAACAUAAACUCAAGUCUAAGCUGAAGGAGAAGUUCCAGUGUGUGUUUGAGGGGAUCACUAAAGCAGGAAACCCAACCCUUCUGAAUCAGAUCUACACAGAGCUCUACAUCACCGAGGGAGGGACUGGAGAGGUCAACCAUGAACACGAGGUCAGACAGAUGGAAACAACAUCCAGGAAAGCACACAGAGCAGAAACAACCAUCAGACAAGAAGACAUCUUUAAAGCUCCACCUGGAAGAGAUGAACCAAUCAGAAGAGUGAUGACGAAGGGCGUGGCUGGCAUUGGGAAAACAGUCUUAACCCAGAAGUUCACUCUGGACUGGGCUGAAGGCAAAGCCAACCAGGACAUCCAGUUCACAUUUCCAUUCACUUUCAGAGAGCUGAAUGUGCUGAAAGAGAAAAAGUUCAGCUUGGUGGAGCUCCUUCAUCACUUCUUUACUGAAACCAAAGAAGCAGGACUCUGCAGGUUUGAAGACUUCCAGGUGGUGUUCAUCUUUGACGGUCUGGACGAGUGUCGACUUCCUCUGGACUUCAACAAAACUAAAAUCCUAACUGAUGUCACAAAGCCCACCUCAGUGGAUGUGCUGCUGACAAACCUCAUCAGGGGGAACCUGCUUCCAUCUGCUCGCCUCUGGAUAACCACACGACCUGCAGCAGCCAAUCAGAUCCCUCCUGAGUGUGUUGACAUGGUGACAGAGGUCAGAGGGUUCACUGACCCUCAGAAGGAGGAGUACUUCAGGAAGAGAUUCAGAGAUGAGGAGCAGGCCAGCAGGAUCAUCUCCCACAUCAAGACAUCCCGAAGCCUCCACAUCAUGUGCCACAUCCCGGUCUUCUGCUGGAUCACUGCUACAGUUCUGGAGGUUCUGCUGAAGACCAGAGAGGGAGGAGAGCUGCCCAAGACCCUGACUGAGAUGUUCAUCUACUUCCUGGUGGUUCAGUCCAAAGUGAAGAGCAUCAAGUAUGAUGGAGGAGCUGAGACAGAUCCACAUUGGAGUCCAGACAGCAGGAAGAUGAUGGAGUCUCUGGGAAAACUGGCUUUUGAGCAGCUGCAGAAAGGGAACCUGAUCUUCUAUGAACCAGACCUGACAGAGUGUGGCAUCGAUAUGAGAGCAGCCUCGGUGUACUCAGGAGUGUUCACACAGGUCUUCAGAGAGGAGAGAGGACUGUACCAGGACACGGUGUUCUGCUUCAUCCAUCUGAGUGUUCAGGAGUUUCUGUCUGCUCUUCAUGUCCAUCAGACCUUCAUCAACUCUGGAGUCAAUCUGAUGGAAGAAGAACAAACAUCAUCCAGAUCUACAAUGACACAGCUCUACCAGAGUGCUGUGGACCAGGCCUUACUGAGCCCAAAUGGACACCUGGACUUGUUCCUCCGCUUCCUCCUGGGUCUGUCACUGACCACCAAUCAGAAUCUCCUACGAGGUCUGCUGACACAAACAGGAAGUGACUCAGAGAGCAGACAGGAAACAGUCCAGUACAUCAAGACAAAGAUCAAUGAGGAUCUGUCUGCAGAGAAGAGCAUCAAUCUGUUCCACUGUCUGAAUGAACUGAAUGAUGGUUCUCUGGUGGAGCAGAUCCAAAAGUACCUGAGUUUAGGACUUCUCUCCAGAAAAAAACUGUCUCCUGCUCAGUGGUCAGCUCUGGUCUUCAUCUUACUGUCAUCAGAAAAAGAUCUGGACGUGUUUGACCUGAAGAAAUACUCUGCUUCAGAGGAGGCUCUUCUGAGGCUGCUGCCAGUGGUCAAAGCCUCCAACAAAGCUCUACUGAGUGGCUGUAACCUCUCAGAGAGAAGCUGUGGAGCUCUGUCCUCAGUCCUCAGCUCCUCAAGUCUCAGAGAUCUGGACCUGAGUAGCAACGGCCUACAGGAUUCAGGAAUCAAGCAACUUUGUUGUGGACUUAUGGAUCCACUUUCUGAGUUGAAGUCUAUCAGGCUGAGUGGCUGUAACCUCUCAGAGAGAAGCUGUGGAGCUCUGUCCUCAGUCCUCAGCUCCUCCGGUCUCAAAUAUCUGGACCUGAGUAACAACGACCUGCAGGAUUCAGGAAUCAAGCAACUUUGUUGUGGACGUAUGGAUCCACUUGCUAGGUUGGAAUAUCUCAGGCUGAGUGGCUGUAACCUCUCAGAGAGCAGCUGUGGAGCUCUGUCUUCAGUCCUAAGCUCCUCCAGUCUCAAAGAUCUGGACCUGAGUAACAACGACCUGCAGGAUUCAGGAGUGACACUGCUGUCUUCUGGACUGGAGAGUCCACACUGCAGACUGGUCUCUCUCAGUCUGUCUGGCUGUUUGGUCACAGAGGAAGGCUGUUCUUCUCUGGCCUCAGCUCUGAGCUCCUCCUGUCUGACAAAGCUAGACCUGAGCUACAAUCAUCCAGGAGAAGGAGGAGAGAAACUACUGUCUGCUCUACAGAAGGAUCCACACUGCAGACUGGAGACACUGAGGCUGGACCAUGGUGGACGGCACAGACUGAAACCAGGUCUAAAGAAGUACGCCUGUGAGCUGGAAGUGGACACAAACACAGUGGACAGAAGACUCAAACUGUCUGACAACAACAGGACGGUGACACGUGUGGAGGAGGAUCAGCCAUAUCCUGAUCAUCCAGACAGAUUUAACUGUCAUCAGCUGCUGUGUCAGACUGGUCUGACUGGUUGCUGUUACUGGGAGGUCGAGUGGAGAGAAUGUGUUAAUGUAUCAGUGAGUUACAGAGGAAUCAGACGGAGAGGAAAGAUAAAAGAAUGUGGGUUUGGAUGGAAUGAUCAGUCCUGGAGUCUGAGCUGCUCUGAUCGUGGUUACUGUGUCUAUCACAAUAACAUAGGAGCAGACAUCUCCUCCUCCUCCUCCUCUUCAUCCUCUGGUAGAGUAGGGGUGUAUCUGGACCAUCCUGCUGGCUCUCUGUCCUUCUACAGAGUCUCCUCUGACAGACUGAUCCACCUCCACACCUUCAACACCACAUUCACUGAACUGCUCUAUCCUGGGUUUGAGUUACUUCCAGGUUCCUCAGUGUCUCUGUGUUCUCUGUAGCUCAAACUCUGCUGU